CGCACACGCCGUCCCCGACCCGCGACCACCGAGAGCCGCAGCAGCUUGGGGCUGGCCAGAGCCCGCCCGCCGCCGGAUGCUCCGCUUGCCCGGCUGGCGCUGAGCUCUGCCGGCUCCUGCCCGCCACAAAGGAGGGAAGAAUCCCGAGGAAGCGACGCGACUCCCGCGGGGAAGGAGCCGGGCAGCGGGUCUGUCCGGAUGCGGUGAGCGCCGCGUCGCCUCCUGUGCUGCCUUAGCGGAAGGAAGGAGAGAGAGAGAAGCAGGGAUCGGGCACCAUGGGCUGCUGCACCGGGCGCUGCACGCUGAUCUUCCUCUGCGCGCUGCAGCUGCUGGCUGCAUUAGAGAGGCAGAUCUUUGACUUUCUUGGCUUCCAGUGGGCUCCUAUUCUUGGCAAUUUUCUACAAAUAAUAAUUGUCAUAUUGGGUUUGUUUGGAACCAUCCAAUUUAGGCCUCGAUACAUAGUUGUGGAAACUGAUCUCAUGACCUUUAACAUUUCAAUGCACCGUUCCUGGUGGCGAGAGCAUGGGCCAGGCUGCAUACGGAGAGUGGUGCGCCCUUCAGCCCCUGGGAUCCUAGACGAUUACUCUUAUGUCUCUGUGACGGGCUGCAUCAUUGACUUCCAGUAUCUCGAGGUCAUUCACAGCGCCAUCCAAAUAUUACUGUCUUUGAUUGGUUUUGUGUAUGCCUGUUACGUGAUCAGUGUUUUCAUGGAAGAAGAGGACAGCUUUGAUUUCAUAGGUGGACUUGACACAUACUGCUAUCGGCAACCCCCCCUGGAACAUGUUGAGUUAAAGCCUGUAAAGCCUGUCGAACUAAGUAAUGAACAUUGACUCAGCACUGCUGCUGUUGCUGAAGAAGCAGCCUUCAGAAGAAAAGACCAACGUUGUGAACCGUUGUCACAGAAGUGACACGUCCUAUAUUUCUCACCGAGUGUGUGGAUUGCUCUUCCCACAUGGGACUGAAUCCUUCAGUCGCAGCCUCAGUAUCAUUAUCAUCAUCGCCAUUAGAUGGAUACUUGUAGAUGAUCUUGGAUUUUUUAAAUUAUUUACUUAUAUGGACACUUGUAAAUUGUAAAUUGUUUUCUUUUUUUAAUUUUGUUUUUUACAAUACCUAGUGUUAAGGCAUGAAAACAAAUCAACCUGUGAAAAUUAUGAGAGAAGAAUGUGUGUUUCUCAAGAAACUCAGUAGUUCUGGACUGAUACAGUCAUACUGUGCCUGGCAAAGAUAGUGUUGGAAAAUGAUAAUAUGACUCCAGAAUACAUGUCAGGGAUCAGACACCUAUAGUGUAAUAUGGACUGGCUUCAAUAAUGUAUUAGACAUUCACAAAGGCUGUACCUAAUGUUGGUUAAGCUACUGUAUGUUGUAGAAACUGAUAAAUAAUUCUUCUUUUCCAGAUGUCCUAAUUACCAACGUGCUUGUCUAAAUAUUCUAAUUCAUAUAUGGUUUCUUCUCCCUCUUUUUGUCUCCUCCCCUGCACCCACAAACAGUAGUUGUCUGUGAGUUGAAGAGAAGUGAAAUGGAUGUUCUCUGUUGCUGUCAGUCUCCAAGAACCCUUAAACGCAGGGCUCUUUUAGAUGUCUGUAAUUUGCACAUUUUUUUUACUCUUUUCUCCUCUUCCCAGGAAGAAGCCAAGCAUGAAUGUACAAUAUAGGCACCAUCUACAGCCUUAGGAGUCUCUGGGGUGAAUUUUGUUCUUAAUUUAAAAGUAAACAAGAAGAUCUGGAUAUGAAAAUGUGUAUAAAAGUUUGUAAAGUUUUCUGUAAAUACUUAUAGAAAAAGGACAUGUAUGUAACUGUGCGGCAUUUUGUUUUAUAUUCAGUCACCACCAGUAUAAAAAGAAAAGUCAUCCACAAAAGCUAUUUUCUGUGGGGAGUUCGCAGUCUUUCUAGCAAGACUUUUUUCAUAAUUUCUUUUUGAUGAAUUACUAUUUAAAAUAUUGCACAUGAUACAAGCCCAAGAGAAUGAAGUCUUCUGUCUCUUCAUGGAACCAGUACUCCCUCGGCAGCAGCAUCACAAGCUUCCUCAGAAAAGUCUGCCAAUCAGCCUCAAGUUUUGGAAGAAAAACCUGUAGGGCUGUGAGAGUGCUUCCAUCUUUGUGCUUACUAAGUUUGUUACUUCUUUGAUGAAACUGUCAGAAGAGAUGGUAUUUGUGAUGUGCACACCUGCACAUGUCCAUUAGGAACUGGACUGAGGCCACCAGGUUCUUUCAUAUAAGCCACAAAGAGUCUUUAUAUGCUAAUGACUUCUGGUCCAUCAUCAAUGGGCUGAGGCAUACAGCACAUCAACUAAUUGUCUUCUGUGAAGCUUACUUCACUUGCAUUUUCUGUUAUUGACAGAUUACAAGUAGACUAAGGCUUGCCUUGGUUCUUUACAUUGGAAAUUAUAUUUGUGCUAUUUACCAACAAGAACCUAAUCAAAAAGUCAGCAAACACAAUGCUGUCCAUCAUUUUUAGAUUGUUGAGAACAGAGGGUCUUGUGGUGCUUGCCCCUUUUUCACAUUCAGCUCAACCAAAGACCACACCGUCUUUUGUGAAGAAAUAGAUCUUGCCGUAAUUUCACGUAGGCCACUUUUUCCAGGAAACUAUGUAUGAAACAACUGCCAAGCCAAUAACAAGCAAGUAUGACAAUGCAAUAAAAUCACUUGUCAGUAUUUUCUAUGACUAGGUAGUACAGGACAAUAUGCACCGCUAGAAGUCAAACAGUGCCAAAAAAUGGGAUACUUUGUGCAAAAGAUAAUACCACACUUCUCUGAGUCUCUGUGUUCCUCUGUUGUUCCCUGCUGCACCCUGAUGCCAGAUAUUUGGUCUGCCCUGUCUUGAAGUCCUAGUCUUCUGAGAAUGUCAAAAAUGGGUAUUUUGUCAAAAAACUAAUAUGAGAACAGUCAUUUUUGAGAUACCACAGCUGGACCUCAGAAGAUCAAACUGCAGAACAGUUAAUAUUUGUAAAUCACUUAUAUUUGAAAAAAAAUGCCCCUCUGUAGGUUUUAUUUUUUUAGUGUGUAAUCGUGCACAUGAUUUAGUUUCUUAUACAUACAGCCUUACAUAACAACCUAUAAGAAUAUGAUACAGCUAACAGAUGCCUACAGCUUUCUCUUAUCUAUGUCAGUGCAUUUCAGAGUCGAGGGGUUUUUUUGAAAAGUUUUGUUAAAACUUGUUUAUGUGCCUGAAUACUCCACUUUUCCCUGCUCCACAUAUAUAGGGGUGUUCAGCACAUAUUCCUGCAGUUCCUCCCUGCUGCCAGAGCCUUUGCCCAUGCCAGGGAGCAGUGGGAACUGCUUUUCCUUGCGGUGUUUAGCUACACAUAUCCAACAUGCCACCAGCAGUGUAGUCAAGGCCACACCUUUGACUGCAGUGUAGACAUACCCUCCAAUUGCUACAUUUAUCUCCUACUGUAAGUGAAGGGAAAAGCUGGUCAUCUCAAAUACCAACAGUAGCAAACUCUGACUUUUUAAUGGCAAGCACUGUGUGCUUCUCUGAGCCAGGCUGUUUAAUUUCCUUUCACUUUAGAUUUAUCUGAUUUAAAAAAACCAACCCAGCAAUCUAUCAAGGUCCCAUAACAGUGUUUGACAGUGGCAAACAAAAAUUGACAUCCCAAACUAAUUGGCUUGCCUCCUUCUAGAAUCAGUCUCAUUUAGUUUAAUUAUAAUAAAUUACAAGCUGGGAGCUGUUUUGUGCAGUGAAUAAGUUUUCUUCCAACACAGUAAAACACUCUAUUUAUAUACCCCGUUUCUACAUACCUUCUUUGAGAAACCACUUUAGCUCUUAUCCAGCAUAUAAAACCUUUGGCCAGAAACCACUUGUUUAAAAGUCUUCACUCCAGAUGGUUUGCAGUGUUUUUAUAAUUGUCAUAGGCCCAAAAUAUUAGAAAGGCAAGGUGGACAAGGUAAUAUCUUUUAUUGGCCCAACUUUUGUUGGUGAAGAAGAGCUCUGUGUAGCUCAAAAGCUUGUCUCUUUCACCAAGAGAAGUUGGUCCAGUGGAAGAUACUACCUCACCCACAUUGUCUCCAGACCCUCACUCAUCAUUUACAUAUUUGUGGUGAGACCCUGCAAAGUUCUCAGCACUCUCAAAUCUCAGUGAAGUCAAUGGAAGUUAAUGGCAGUCAGCCAUUCAUGUCUUCCUUGUGCAUGUCUUUGCCAUAAUUUACCACCUGGUGGCAAACCUUUUUAUCUACCGUAAUAAUACUAAUUAGUACUUAUUUGCAGAUAAACUCCAAUUAUCAAUAACUUAAAAAUUUUGAAAGACGUAAAAUUCAGAAAUAUCUCCUGGAAUCAGAAUUUUGUUUUUCCAAAAUUCUGAUCUUCUGAUAUAUCCCCCCCAUAGUAUAUUAAUCAUUGUAGUGCUUCACGUGUCCAAAUUGUUAAACAAAUUAGUCUCCUCAACAGCCUUGUGAGACAGGUAUGUAAGAAGUAGUAGUAGCCUCAUUUUACAGAUGGGAAAGUUCAGUGAUUGUUUUAAAUGCAUUUAUCUGUGAAAAAGACACCUUUCCAGAUGAAAUGGCAUUUAAAUAUAUUUCCACCACAUUUGCUUUUUCAGUUCUUUCUUCCAUCAAUACUCAGAACUUCUCUGAUAUAUCUAAAUUACUUUAUAAUCUAUAUCUGCAUUGUGACAUUUAUCUGGAGGCGGGUGCC